AGCUAGUGAAAAAUACGUAACAUUAAUCUUUUUGCGCAAUGGAUUUGCAAAAUCUCAUCGCAAGGAAGAAAGCGUCAUUGAAGUCGUGUAAGACGGUGGUAACGGAUCAGCUUGGUAACAAAUACGAAGUCGAACGCGGUCAGAUGAAAGAACUGGAAAAGGGCUUGCCAUUCGUAGUGGACGAGAAACCCGACUUGCAUGUCGCUAAUAUUAUACCGGGGUUGUAUCUCUCCUCCCAAGAUCCAGCGGUGUGCUUUAACAUAUUAAAGGAGCAUGAAAUACGACACGUUUUGAGUAUAGGCAUUAGCGUCCCUGAAAAAUUCGACGGCAUUCAAUACUAUUUUUGUGACUUGUUAGACCUGCCGGAAACGAACAUAAUACCGUCGAUAAAGAAAUGUAUUGAUAUCAUACGCACACGUCGUAAAGAAAAUAUUCUUGUACACUGCAAUGCAGGCGUUUCUCGCUCUCCCGCGAUUGUUAUCGCUUAUUUAAUGACUACCAUGAAACUGUCGUACGAUGAGGCUUACGAUAAAGUAAAGGAAGCAAGAAGUUCUAUUAGACCUAACGAUGGAUUUGUCAAACAGUUACGUAGUAUUGAGAAUACAACUUUCGUUGAUGAAUAAUGGCGUUUCCUAUAAUGAUCGAAGAUAUGACAAGAAUUAUAUUUAUAUAAAGUUGUGGCUAAAGGGUGCAGGGGAAAAGAGAUGGAUGUACAUAGAAGAAAUGGAUCAAUGAAUGUAAUAUAUUGUUACAAUAGCAUCCACGUGUUAUAACAUUAUUUACUUAUGUAUACAGAGAAUAUUGUAUGUGUUCUGUAUAGUUACAAUUUACUUUAUUAUAACUCAUUAGAAAAUUAUAUUCAUGCACAGCAUCUAUCAAAUUCUUAGCCAAAACUAAGCAUAUUAAAAUUUACUAAUUCUGGCUUUUUUUUCUUACACAUUUAUCAUGCAUUGGAGAUGACACCGUAGGUCGCCGUACCAAGUAGAUUUAUAAAAAUUACUGUAAAUCUAAAAAAUAUAAGUGAAUUUCUGUAUACAUGAUAAUCCUAUCGUUUCAUUCGUAAUAGUAGUGUAUCAUUGUACCCGCGGUACCUAUUAGCUAUUAGUAAUAGAAUAAUUAUUAUCAGUAUCCAUAUACGUGUUUACAUGUGAUGUGUAUAUAUAUAUACAGGCUGUCUUAAAAUUACCCGAUGAUACUUUAGGAACAGAUUACUUAAUCAAUUUACAAUAUGUUAAAAAAA